GAUUAUGACUAUGGUCUGCCCAGCGGGGAGUCGCAGCCUUUGCUACACCAAUUUGCAGUAGUACUUGAAAACGCGACCUGCUCAUGCAGCACCCUUCGAAUGCGAGUCGUGAUUGGUUGCUGCGGAACGUCACUCAAAACGCCCCAGUUUCACGAGGACUGCGGCUGCGGCCAUCUUACGGAACGCUUUGGCGCGUGGCGGACUGAAGGGCGUGGGAUUGUUGUGGCUUUGUCGCAGGCGCCUUGGAAGAAUGCCUCCCAAAGGGCGGAAAAGGAAAGCAGAUAUCCCUCAAGCAGAAGCUGUAGCAUCCAGUGGAGAGGGAGCCAAUGAUGUGGAGAAGUUGCCCAAGAUACGGAAGACACAUGAAGGACUGAGAGAUCUUCGUGUGACCAUUGAGCACUGUAAAAGCUGACGAGUCUUUGGACGCAGAGCUGAGGCUGUCAGCCAAGAGCUAUGCCUGGCCUUUCCUGACAUCCUUGUGGAAGUCAACCUUGAAAAGCCCCGGAGGAAUAGCUUUGAAGUGAUUCUCUUGAAAAAGGAUGGCACCAAGGUAGAGCUUUGGAGUGGCCUUAAGAAAGGGCCACCCCGCAGACUGAAGUUCCCAGAACCCAACAACAUCGUUGAGAUGGUGAAGCGCAACUUAAACUAAAGUCAGCAAUGAUAGGGUGGGAGCCCCAGUGCCUCUGUGACGACCCUGUUUGUCCUGUGAGUUGGAGCAUUCAUGAUGGGAUAUGAUGAAGUGGAGUAAAGAAACUCUGGUCAUAUCUCUGAAACUGCUGCCCCUCCCUCACAAGGAAGAAUGGACCAGAUGUUAUUCUUUCCUGCCCCCCCCCCCCCAUCCUUUGAAAUGUUUGUUACUCCUGGGAACAUUUUGGGGAAGAACUUUAUUUUCAGUAAAGCUUGACUGCCUCCUCUAUCUCUUACUUAAUUCUGUUCCAUGAAAUAAAGGUGUCACAAUA